GACGUGAACGCUUCUCCUUCUGCCACGGCAGGCGCAGAGCCCGGGGGAGCCGGCCCCUCCUCGCCGCCAGGCAGGCUGGGCGGCUGCUCCGCGUCAGACACCGCAUCUCCGAACCGGCUCACGCUGCCCGGAGAUGCCUCCUGGGGGGGGGGAGCAGCAGGCUGCACCCUGCCCCUGGGGGCGCGAGCCCAGGCGCGGAGAGCGCCUGCGCGGGGCGGGUUCUCCGGAAUCCUCCCUCAGCCGGCGCGGGCCGCCAUUUUGGCUCUGGCUCUGGGGACAGGAGCCCAUAGGAUAAAGCGCGAGCCGAGCGUUUUUCGCUUCCUCACUGCGGCGUUGGCACAGCAGCCGCCCCUCGCCAGCGCCCUGGGCCUGGCUGCGCCCGCCGCCGCUCUGCGCGCCCCCGGGCCCCGCUGCCGGCCGGAGAGCGAGGCGGGAAGGAUGCCCCACACGCCCCGCCGCUGAGAGAGAAGCAGCGGCCCGACCGCCGCUCCCGCCCCACCCGGCUGCACGCUGGGCCUCCGCCUGCCCGGCCACAGGGAUUCCUUGCCCGGCCGUGCCCUUAGGUCUCCCGCCCGGGCUUCCCGUCGCUUGGCUUUCCCCGGCCAGGCGUUUCUCUCUUCGGGUCUCUCCGGCCGGGCCUUCGGGCUCCCCCGCCCGUUGCCAUGUCCUCGGCCGCUCGCUUCGACUCGUCGGACCGCUCCAGCUGGUACGUGGGCCCGCUGUCGCGGGCGGAGGCGCAGACGCGGCUGCAGGGGCAGCGGCACGGCAUGUUCCUGGUGCGGGACUCGUCCACCUGCCCGGGGGACUACGUGCUGUCGGUGUCCGAGAACUCGCGGGUCUCCCACUACAUCAUCAACUCGCUGCCCAGCCGCCGCUUCAAGAUCGGCGACCAGGAGUUCGAGCACUUGCCGGCGCUGCUGGAGUUCUACAAGAUCCACUACCUGGACACCACCACGCUCAUCGAGCCCGCGCCCAGGUAUCCAAGUCCACCAAUGGGAUCUGGAUCAGCCCCUACCAUUCCCACUGCAGAAGAAAAUCUGGAAUAUGUUCGGACUCUCUAUGACUUUCUUGGGAAUGAUGCUGAAGAUCUGCCAUUUAAAAAGGGUGAGAUACUUGUAAUUGUAGAGAAGCCUGAAGACCAGUGGUGGAGUGCCAGAAACAAAGAUGGUCGUGUUGGGAUGAUCCCUGUUCCUUAUGUAGAGAAGCUGGUGAGAUCAUCCCCUCAUGGGAAACAUGGGAACAGGAAUUCCAACAGCUAUGGUAUUCCAGAACCUGCCCACGCUUAUGCUCAACCUCAGACCACGAGUCCCCUUCCCUCUGUAUCCAGUACACCUGGAGCAGUGAUCAACCCUCUGCCAUCAACACAGAAUGGACCGGUCUAUGCCAAAGCUAUUCAAAAAAGAGUACCAUGUGCUUAUGACAAGACUGCCUUGGCACUAGAGGUUGGAGACAUUGUGAAGGUUACAAGGAUGAAUAUAAAUGGUCAGUGGGAAGGUGAAGUCAAUGGCAGAAAAGGGCUCUUCCCUUUCACGCACGUCAAAAUAAUUGACCCUCAAAACCCAGAUGAAAAUGAGUGAUUCCUGUUGCCCAGCUUACACAGCUGCUUCAUUUUUCUGGCUAUGAUAAGCAUCAUUUGAGGUGGGGAUGACGACUGUUAAUGGCACAUUGCUAGCAUUGUCCAUUUUUCUAGCUUGCUGCAGUUUGAUGGUUCUUUUUAUACACAUUUGGAAUGCACACCACUGAAGUCAUACGCUGACCAUACCAUAGUUGCAUCAUCCAGACUGUAGUAUCACUUCUAGAACUAUUUUGGCCCUUAAGCUGGAGAGGACAAACCAUAUAGGCAGAUAAGUAGGAGCAAGAAAAUAAUCUUUCCUGUUUGAGGCUUUCAGGAACAGCAUGUUUUACUUACUCAGUAGGAGGGGAGUUCUAAUCCUCAGAUCAAAUAUGAAACUUUUGAAUCUCUGUCCACCCAGAGCAACAACAAAACUGCAAUUUUUUGGCUGAGGAAGGGAAGACCUGAAUUUGAGAUCAAAUUUGUCCUAAGAUAAUAUAGUUAAAACAAGUCUCUUUAUAGAUCAAUAAUUGGAACUCUUGUGUAGCUAUUUUAACAAGGCUAUUUUUGUGAUACAACUCUAAGCUUGCUGUUGACUUAGAAAUAAAGUUUGUGUGAUUAAAGUAAAGACAUUUAUAAGAAAACUUUAGUUGACAUUGUAAAUGGUAGCCUAUUUUGUCAUAUACAUAAAACCGAUUCUGCAGAAUAUUGAAUGCAAAUAUAAAAGUUCCUGGAUGAUUUGCAAGCACUAGAACUGUAGAAACGAGCUUUAAAAGAGAAACACUUAAGCCUGGUCUACAGACUUUUGUACUGGUAUAGCUCUUAAGGAGGAGUAUAAGGUUUUUUUUAAACAGUUUUACUAGUACAACCUGGUUUGGGGGAGGGGGAUGAAGAAAUAAAGGUGCCUUAUACUGACAUAACUUAUCAGUAUAAUUGCAUCCACACCAGGGGGUUGUACCACUUUAAACUUUUAUAGGUAAACAGAGCAACUUGUGCAGAUGAGCCUAACUCCAUGACCUUCUGCCUGCCUCUUUUUAAAUGAAUUUAAAAAUUUAAAUAAAUAAAAAUACAUGUGUAAAAUUAUGCUUUUUUUUUUAACCCCUGGGAGGCUCUGUUUAUAUCUUCCCUACAGAAGAUGACAACUCUAAAUAACAGGAGGAUGUACUCUUAUCCACUUUAGGUAUUAAGGAUGCCUUCAAGCUUAGCAAAAGAUGCAGAAAUCAAAACUUUGCUUUCAGCAUUUAGAGGAACUUAUGUGAAACAUUAACACUUAAAAGAAUACAUGUUCUGACAUAAAAUGAAAAAAAUACUUUUAGGGCUGUUGAGCCCUAAGCAUAUGUUGCUCUGAACUCUGUAUUGAAGUGCCUUGAAAUUCUUGGAGAAGGCACUGAAGAAUGUUUGUUUAAAAAAACAAAUGUGCAGCCACUGUUCAUUUUUAGAAAAGCAUCUCAGCUUACCUGUUAAUAUUCUGUAGUGCUCAUCAAAUGGCUGACAGUCUGGAGAAACUCUUCUUAAAGCAUUUUACUGCCAACCAAACUUACUGUGAAAUAGAGUAGCAUUGACUAAAAGUGUGUGGUGCUGUAGGCAAUAACUGUUCUUUGCAAUGGAAACAGUUAUGCAGCUCUAGAAAGCGAGUGUCCCUGUUUGUGUCUGGACCCUACUGUAAGUUAUGAAGCUCAUACUACUGAAAGUUAUCUUGUACUUAAAUGGCACUAAACUCAGUCUGCAAUAAGGAUAUCUUAUUUUGGCCCUGGCCUAGCUGUUGACAGCUGUCAUCACUGUAGAGUUUUUCAUUUUUAAAAAAGUCCCUAAACAUGAUUAAUUUGGAAAAUUUAUCAAAAAUAAGCAUUUCCUUACACCCUCCCUCAUUGCAUAUACUGUGUACCUGGACCACUGUAAGCACUGUCCUGGGUUAAACUAAUCUGGUGCUCGACGCAAACAUCUCAGCCAGUGUCAAUACAAGAAAACCUAAAAAAGUGUGAAUCUAGUUUUGGACCACUUAAAUGGCUCCCUGUGUCUACCACCACCUCUUUUACUAAAAUUACAUCAAAAUGUCUUCAUUAUUUUCUGGAGACUGCAUUUGAUCAGUUUGUGUUUCUCCUUCAAAGAUUGGUUUCUUGAGAUCGUCUGUUGCUUUUCAGCACAUCUUCAAAAAUUCCUUGAUAGAUAACUGUCAGUGUAGCUGUUUGGAGUAUAAAAUAUACUUAAUUUUAUCAAGUGAUGGCUUCAAUUUAUGUGCCACAUUUAAUUUUUAUGUAGGUGUCUGGGUUUCAAACUAGCAGUGUUGUCAAAACCAUUAAUCAUAAAAGGUUUACUGUUUGUCUUUUCCUCUGGUGUACACAUGUAUAUACAUUGAAGCCUCUGAUUAGAAGAGUUUUCAUUUUAACUUUUCAUACUGGUCAGUGUCUAUCACUGGAUAAGCACUAACUCAAUUUAUAAUUGUUUACAGAUCAGGCAGGAAUAAAUAAAGGGACUAUAUCCUGUUUGGGUUGGGGCUCUGAUUAUAUUUGUAAAGGGAAAAAAAUGCAUUCUUUGUGCCAUUUCAUGUGCCUGUAAUUAACUUUUUAUAUUGUAUUAACAUCCUGGGAAUGAGUGGGCUUUUUGUUUAUAGUCAAGUUUUCAAGUAUCUGCAUUUGAAAAAGUGAGAGCUGCCUAAAACGACAGCCUCUUGGGACCAGUAGAAGUGUUCCUGUGUAGUUGUCAUUUUCUGUUUACUUACAUUUUAAAUGAAAAUGUGUUCUGGGAAAAGGAAAUUUUUGCAGUGGGAAAGGUGGCCUUCUAUUUGAGACAGUCUUCACUGUGUAAACAUUAAAACAGUAUGUAAUUUAAAGACCAUGAACUUCAGGCAAUAAUAAGCAAGCUUUUAAAGUUUAUUUUGGGGAUCAUAGCUUGUUUUAUUUUUUGUGCUGUAAAAUUAACAGUAUUAAAUGAAUUAUAUUCUUAGAAUACAUGGAGUGUCUCUUUUUAAGACUAGUGCCUUUUUAUUUUCUUACUCCACUUAUUUCAUAGUGCUGGUCCCAAUAUCAAGCCAGUGUUAUUAGUGCCCUGUUUGUACAGUCUAAAUAAAAACAAACUUGUAACAUUA